AUGUCGCGUGGAAGUAGCGCUGGGUUUGAUCGUCAUAUUACUAUCUUUUCUCCAGAAGGCCGCGUUUACCAGGUCGAAUAUGCGUUCAAGGCUAUAAACUCCACCAACUUAACUGCGGUGGCUGUGAAGGGAUCUGAAACAGCAGUUAUCGCCGUCCAAAAGAGAGUUCCAGUAAGAUUCACCGUUAUAUUUUUUAAGACUUUUAGGAUAAAUUAAUUCUGAGUGAGUCCGUGACAAGUGUUUACAAGUUGUCCCCGACUAUUGGAUGCGCUGCUAUUGGCAUGAUUCGUAAGUUUCUGCACAUUCCGUAUAAAUUUAUUCUGUUCUUUCUAUUCAGCUGACUGCAAGUUUCAAGUAAAGAGAGCCCAAGUUGAGGCCGGCGGAUGGAAAUAUGAAAAUGGCUACGACAUGUCUAUUGAGCAAUUGGCUAGAAGAAUGGCUGAUCUGAACCAAUAUUACACUCAGAACGCUGAGAUGAGAUCUUUGGGGUCUGGUAAGUGCGCAUCUUAUUCUGUGGGUAAAAUAUUUUCAGCUCUCCUGAUGAUUUCUUACGAUGAAGAAGAGGGAGUGCAAGUGUAUCGCGUGGAUCCGGCUGGAUAUUAUCGUAGUAUGAAGGCCGUAUCCGUUGGGGUUAAGCAGCAGCCAGCUACCAGUUUUCUGGAGAAGAAAUUCAAGAAGCAAUCCGAAUUGAAUCACGACGAGACCAUCCAAACAGCCCUGGAAGCUCUUCAGACAGCUCUAGGAAGUGAUCUCAAGGCCCAAGAAGUGGAGGUUGUUGUGGUCUCAAAGACUAAUCCAUCGUUCCGCAAAUUAUCAAACGAUGAUGUUGACCACCAUUUGAAUGCUAUUGCUGAGCGAGACUAA